CUAUUCUAUACAGACUUCUAGAGCACACUGUGUGUUGGUUUCACGUUUAAUAAACAGACAGAAUGAGUAAUAGGGCAAAGUAUCUUGCUAAAAGGCAGGAUAGAGAAGAAGGUGUUGGGACAAAUGAGAAGGCGAUACCCUUGAAAAAGCAGGACUACCAAAGUCUGAAGCGUGAAUGUUUGGAAAGAAAAACAUUGUUUUGUGACCCGACCUUCCCUGCGGAUUCAGAGUCUCUGGGAUACAAUGAACUUGGGCGGUAUUCCUCUCAGACCCGGGGAAUGGAGUGGAAGAGACCAAAGGAACUGUGUUCAAACCCCAAGUUUAUUGUGGAUGGUGCCACACGCACUGACAUCUGUCAAGGGGAUUUGGGUGACUGUUGGCUUAUGGCAGCCAUUGCAUCUCUGACUCUAAAUAACAACAUUCUGGAACGUGUAGUCCCACCUGGUCAGAGCUUUACGGAAGACUACGCCGGCAUCUUUCACUUUCAGUUCUGGCAGUAUGGUGAAUGGGUGGAUGUUGUCAUUGAUGACCAGCUGCCCACCAGAGAUGGAAAGCUGCUGUUUGUUCACUCCGCUGAGGGUUCAGAGUUUUGGAGCGCCCUGCUGGAAAAAGCUUAUGCAAAGCUCAACGGCUCAUAUGAAGCUUUGAUCGGUGGCCACACCACUGAGGCUUUUGUGGACUUCACUGGAGGAAUAGCUGAGAAUUAUGCGUUUAGUAAAGCCCCUCCACAUCUCUCCAAGAUAAUUCAGAAAGCACUGGGGUUGGGCUCACUGCUCGGCUGUGGCAUUAAUGCCAGUGAGUCUGAAACCGAGGCUGAAACCAGUCUGAAGCUGGUGAAAGGACAUGCGUACUCUGUCACUGGCGCAGAGGAGGUUCAAUAUUUCGGGCGUCCGGUGCAACUGGUGCGUAUGAGGAACCCGUGGGGUAAGGUGGAGUGGACGGGCGCAUGGAGUGAUAAGUCCAACGAGUGGAAUUAUGUCCGACCGGAACAGAAAGCUAAAUUGAAUUAUUCAGCUGAAGAUGGGGAGUUCUGGAUGGCAUAUUCAGACUUUAUAAAGCACUUCUCAGAGUUGGAGAUCUGUAAUCUAACCCCAGACACUCUGACCAGUGAUGAGGUGGGCCAUUGGAACUACUGUCAGUUUGAAGGAAACUGGAGGGUGGGCUCCACGGCAGGGGGCUGCAGGAACAACAAAGCUACAUUCUGCUCGAACCCUCAGUUUGUGAUCAAACUGGAGGAUGUGGACGAUGAUCCUUUUGAUGGAGAGGAUGGAUGCACUUUGCUAGUGGGACUGAUGCAGAAAGAUGGACGUAAAGACAAACGCUUUGGACAAGACCUGAACGUCAUUGGCUUUGCAAUCUAUGAGGUUCCAGAGAAGGUGAGCUCUGUUGGUUUUAAUCUGUACAUCAAGGUGUCAAGUAGGUAUCUUUGUGUAUGUGUGUGUAUUUUUGGCUAUGGUUGUCUCUUGCAGUACAAAGGUCGCAAUAAUAUUCACCUUGGACCUGACGUGCUCCUCUACAAAAAUCCAGUUGCAAAAAGCAACUUCAUGAACAUGCGAGAGGUGAGCGAGCGGUUUAAACUUCCUCCUGGGGAAUACGUCAUCAUCCCCUCCACAUUUGAGCCCCAUCAAAAGGGAAGUUUCAUACUGCGCGUGUUUACAGAGAAAGAAGUGACUGCCAGCCCAAUGGAUGGUGAUGUCCGUGUGAAUUUGAGAAAAGAUAAGAUAUCUGAGAGUGACAUGGAUUCUAAGUUAAAAGGCCUUUUUAUGAAGAUCGCUGGAAAUGACUCAGAGGUGUCUGUGGUGGAACUACAGAAGAUACUGGACAUUUUUGCAUCUGAGAGAACUGAUAUAAAGACCGAUGGAUUCUCUCUGGAAACGUGUCGCAACAUUGUCAGCCUUACAGAUAAAGAUGGCAGUGGUAAACUCGGCCUGGUAGAGUUUUACACCCUGUGGAUAAAAAUCCAGAGAUAUUUGGAAAUUUUCAAGAGCCGUGACAAAGACAACUCGGGCACUAUGAGUUCUCAUGAGAUGAGAGAUGCAGUGAAAGAAGCAGGGUUCCAGCUGACCAGUGAAAUACUUCAGGUGAUAAUCUCCCGUUAUGCCAACCAGCAGUAUGCCAUCGACUUUGAUAGCUUUGUGGGAUGCCUGAUCCGCUUGGAGAUGCUCUUCAAAAUGUUUCAAGCGAUUGAUAAGAAGAAUACCGGGAAGAUAGGACUGGACAUCCUGCAGUGGCUUUGCUUGGCCAUCAGUUAAAAGCUGCACAUUUCCUGCCAAAGAAGAAGAUCCAGAAUUUCAUGAAUGGCUGCAGUAAAAUCAACCGAAGUGUACAUAAACUUUGAGAUGUCCUCAUAAUGCAUUUAUGGUGUUUAUG